GCAGAAGUACUGAGUUGAGACGGGGAGAGAGACCCUGAUAUGGGGCUGAGCUCUAGCAGGGACCACCCACAUCCGGGCCUCACCCUACAAAAGGUCAAGGCUCUGGCAUCCCAACCACUUCCUGUCCCUCUUCCCUGGUGCCCACAAGGCAUUUCCCCAACUGAAACAUGAUCAAGGAGGAGCAUGAUCCUCCUGUAAUGGGGGCAUCCCAAGGUCCAGCUCCCAUGGCCACCACCGUGAUCAACAUCCAGACUGAGAUGUCCGUGCCCGACCACAUCGUCUGGUCCCUGUUCAACACAGUCUACAUGAACUGGUGCUGCCUGGGCUUCGUGGCCUUUGCCUACUCCGUGAAGUCUAGGGACCGGAAGAUGGUGGGUGACAUGAUCGGGGCCCAGACCUACGCCUCCACCGCCAAGUGCCUGAACAUCUGGGCUCUGGUCUUGGGCCUCCUUCUCACCCUUACGUUCAUCAUUCUUUUCUUCACUGGCUCACUGGUGGUUUUCCAAGCAAUUUCAGAAAUGAUGAAAGGUUAUGGAGGGUACUAGCAGUUGUCCAUGGCCUGAGGCCGUCACUCCUGUCACAGCAUUUUGUGUACACAUCAGUCUACAACUGAAUUCAAUAAAGCGUGUGUGUGUGUGU